AUGGCGUCCGCUGCUGGAGUAGGGUCCUAUUCGAACCCACUGAAAAAGUUUAAGUUGGUGUUUUUGGGAGAACAGAGUGUUGGAAAAACAUCAUUGAUUACGCGAUUCAUGUACGACUCAUUCGACAACACAUAUCAGGCAACUAUUGGGAUCGACUUCCUCUCAAAGACUAUGUAUUUGGAAGACCGAACGGUUCGACUUCAGCUUUGGGAUACUGCCGGCCAGGAACGAUUUCGGUCUUUAAUUCCUUCGUACAUUCGUGACUCGAGCGUUGCCGUAGUCGUUUAUGACAUCUCGAAUGCCAAGUCCUUCCAGAAUACUAGAAAAUGGAUUGAUGAUGUACGGGGAGAGCGCGGAAACGACGUGAUCAUCGUUCUAGUGGGCAACAAGACUGAUCUUAACGACAAGCGAGAAGUCACGACAGCGCAGGGGGAAGAAGAGGCAAAGAAGAAUGGACUGAUGUUCAUUGAAACUAGCGCCAAAGUCGGCCACAAUGUCAAGCAACUGUUCAGGAGGAUAGCCCAGGCUCUACCCGGGAUGGAGGGCGAAGCUAACAAGGGAGAAAACCACAUGAUUGACGUUAAUAUAAACCCCAAAGAGACCACGAGCAAUGAUGGAUGUGCAUGCUAG